AUGUACCUCACCAUGCCGCCACCGGGGCUACCAUUCCACCAGCAGCAGCCGACGCGGCGCGUGCUCCGCUUCCUCCCCCGCGUGGUGGGCUGGGGCGCGGUCCUCGCGCUGCUCAUCUUCGUCUGGAUCGCCCAUCUCAGACCGGCGCUGCACGACCGCGCAGGCAUACGCGCGGCCCGGGAGCUCGCCGCGAUCCUCUUGCCUGCGACGCACGUACCUUCGCCCCGGCUUCGCAUCCUGCAGCACACGCACCGCGCACACGGCGGCAUCGAGACCGCCUCGGCCAUCACUCACGCCGCGUACGCCGCCGCCCACGGGUACACGCACGAGAUGGACACGCGCAACUAUGUCGGCGACGACGCCGGGCUCGGCGAGCGCAUGAUGAACAAGGCCCACUCGAUGGCGCGCGGCCUCGAGUCGGAACUCGCCAAGCCACUCGGCGCCGAGUGGAUCCUGUGGUCCGACGCCGACACGGUGAUUGUCGACCCCGCCAUCCCGGCCCACCUGCUCCUUCCGCCACAGGCCGAGGCCAUGCUCUCCGCCGCGCAGGACCACAACGGGAUGAACGCGGGCGUCAUGCUUCUGCGGGUCCACGAGACGAGUGUGCGCGCGCUGCGCACCGUGAUCGAGCUGUACGAGGCGCACCCCGACCCGGGGAAGCGGUCAGACCAGCCGUUCUGGGGCGUCAUGCUCCGCUCCAACCCGGACCUCGCAGCACACUUUUACAAGAUGCCAAAGAACUGGCUGAAUGCGUACUGGCUCGACGAGGUGGACGAAGGCCCGGUGCUUCAGAUCCACCACGUCAACUGGCUCAAGGAGGUGCCGUUCACCCCGGCGAUUCGACCCGCCGUCGCCGUCGCGAAGGAGGCGAGGGGAAGGGCAAGGGAGAGGGGUGAGAGUGGGAAUGGGUUCGAGCUCAUGCCGCAGUGGCGCGACGCGCAGGAGGCCGCGAGGGAGUGGUGGGUGUCUACCGGGGGAGGGAUCGACAACAUGCGCUUCCUUGACGAGGAGGACGGGGUGUACGAUGCUGCGGGGGCUCUGGUUGAGCCGUUUGUAGACAGGUGA